UUAAGUAAUUUUUAGAAAAGCAAAAGUCCAAAAAAUAAUUUGUCGUUAAAAAAUUCGAAUAAGUAAAUUUAUUAUUUUUCGGCGGAGUGAUAGCCCCAAAUGCUAAGCGUGAUGGCUUGCGGAAUAGAAAAAGUCCUGUGCUUUCUAAGGCUCGUCAUAGUUAAGUUAACAGUUGGGCCGAUUUCUUUUAUAUUUUUUGAAAUUUCUAAGUUUGUACUGGUGUUGGCACUAGCUUUCUGGAUCACCAUUGGCAUAUUUUUGAUGUGGGAAAGCAUAAUGCCUGAAACAGCUCAACGUCUCUCUGAGGCGGCUGCUGCAGUUAUUGCCAACUCGAGUGGUCUCACGCCACAAGUCGAGGACAAAGAAAAUAUUGACGAGUCGGGCAGUUAUCCGUUUAUUGUAGAUUUGCCAAAAACGACAUCUUCUACUGCGGAAACGCUUAUUAAAGAUGUAUUAUUGGUGCAAACAGCAGAAUCCGAAGCACCCGAAGGAUCUAGCACUCCUAUAAAGGAUUCUCUACCCGAAAAGGAUACUCUAUCUAAAACUCUCUUGGAAGCAUCGAAAGAGAAGAUCACAAAUGAAAAGAACGAGACCUCGGAAGCAGUUGUUGAAAACCCAGAAGCUCCCAAUGCAGAGACUGAACAAUUAGACGGCAAACAAGUGGAUCCAACGGAGUGAUUGAAUAUUGUUGCGGGUAAAACUUAAAACUAAAUUAUAUUGCGUGACCGAAGAAAAGUAAAAACAUACAAGGAAGAAAUUGUGUUUGGAAUCUCAGAAUUUUUAGUAACCCUUUUGAAAAAUAUACUUAACCAAUUGCUACUAAA